UAAGCUGGUUUGGCAUGAGGAUCCUUCUGGGUAGUACACUAUCAAAUCGGGUUAUCACUUGGCGAUUCGGUGUUCCCGGGCUCGUGACCGAUGGAAGGCGGAGGUUAGUUGGAUGGACCGCAAGUUGUGGAUGGAGAUGUGGGGAUACCCUAUUCAGCCAAAGCUUCGGUUCUUUCUUUGGCAAGUGUUUCGUCGGAUUCUGCCUACCACGGAGAAGUUAAUAGCCAAGGAGGUGGAAGUGUUGCCUAGGGGUCAUGUGUGUUGGGCGGAGGAGGAGACGAUUGAACAUCUUAUGUUCUUCUGUCCGGUGGCAGUGGCACUAUGGGAAGCAGCGAGCUUGCAGCAGAGUAUGCACAUGUUCCCGCGUGAGCAUAUUGGUAUUUUUCUUCGAUGUUUCUUGGCAACGGAUGGGUCUCCGCAAAGGGUUGUCAGGUUGGCGGCUCUCCUCUGGCGAAUCUGGAAGGCUCGGAAUUGGGUUGUGUUUCAGGAUAAGCAGGUCCUCAUUCCGGUGUUGGUGGUGCAGUAUCAGAGUCAGGUCAGGGAGUGGCUGGCAGUCCUAGGGGAUGGUGUGGCACAACCAGGAGAUGGGGAUAGGAUGCUCGCCGAUCGCGAGAUUUCCGCCUGGGGUCACUUGCUAUUUUGAUGGGGCGAUUCGUGCAGGUGAGCGGUCAGCAAUUGGGAUGGUGUUGUGUGAUGAGUCGGGGUGGGGGGGGGGGGUGGGUCAUUACGGCGAAAGGCGAGCAGCUCCAUGGUGUUCAAGAUCCGGCAAUGGUGGAAUUGGUGGCGUUAAGGGAGUCUAUUAGGUGGUGUUGCGGAGCAGGUUUUCCAUCAAUUAAUCUGGCAAGUGACGCGAAAGGUAUCAUCGACAAAGUCAGAGCAGGGUGGUUAACUAUGCGCUUGGCGGAGCUCUUUUGGAGGAGGACAAGCUACUGCACCGUGAUCAUCCAGGAUUCUCUGUGCACUUUGUAGGCAGGUAGAACAAUAGGGUAGCCCAUUUAGUGGCUAGAAAAGCCCUUUCUUUGUCCCUGCCCAUUUUGAGCAGUUUUGAUUUUUGCGCUUGGCUCCGUUCGGAGGUCUAAACGUUGUAUCUUUGUUAUUCUUGGUAAUACCAGCUAUCUUUGGUUAUUAAAAAAAAUAUAAUCACUUCUUAUUGAUCAAUAUUAAUGGUUACAUUGUCCAUUGCUAAUUGAUCAAUCAGAAAAGUCGGAGGACUGUCCAGCCAAACUUAUCGAACAUCAGCUCUUGUGUCUGAAUGACCCAUGAUAUAGGCGGCCUCAUUUCCCCUCCGCCUAACAUGAUGCCAACUAGUUUCUCCCAUACUUCCUAGCAAUCAUCGGACGUUUCAUUUAUUCACGCCAUAUUAGCAUUAUUCACAGUAUAUUGGCGUUAUUCACGUCAGAGUGUUGCUUAUUCACGCAACCAAUAUUGUUUAGUCACGCAACCUGGUAUUUAUUCACGCAUAUUGUUAUUUAUUCAUGCCAUUGUAAAAUUAAAUUUUAAACUUUUAAAUAUAUCAAAAUGGAUGUCAUUGUGUAUAUUAUGACAAAUGCAACAUAUUUUUACAAAUUAAUUGAAAAUCCAAAUUUAUUUCCAUAAAAUAUAGCCAAUACAAAUUACUAAGGGAAAAAAGUCUGAUUUUUCAUUUACGUGAAUAACUGACACCCUUACGUGAAUAAGCAUAGUAUUACGCGAAUACGCACCAAAUGACAUGAAUGAGCACAAAAAUACGUGAAUAAACUGGCAUUAGGUAUUUUGUCACCUAACGUGAGAAGAGAACUUUUCCUUUACAUAUAUUUUAUCCAUGUGAAGGGAGUACAACCCUUUCUAGUUUCAACCUGAUUCCGUUACUCACUGCAAUUUAUACUUAUGAUUUGAUUCAUGUAAUUUUAAAUUUGUCCAUCUGAUCUGUAUGGACAGCUUGUAUGCAUAUGUUAUUUGUUGUUUAUAAGGAUGAUGUAGUUUUUUUUUUUUUUAUAAUUAGGUGAUAUUUAAGCAAUUCGAAUCUGAAGCUCCAAAGCCAUAACCUAUAAUAAUACCAUGGGAUCAUAUGCCCUUGUUGGUUAUAUUCAUGUGUUAUUAGUCUAUGAUGAGUAGAAGAUUUAAGCUCAACAUAGGUAUAUACCCUAACCCACCGGCAAAAGGGUUACGGUUCCUCGUAUAUUAUACUCUUGUGUAUAUAUGUAUGCUAGAGAACAACAAAGAUAAGCAAAAAGAAAGAACAUGAAAAGUUAUAUUUCUCACUGACGUCGUACUCCUCAUACUCAGGAAAACCAGAUAAAUCAUUUGCCUUAUC